AGCAAUUCCUGGCGCCUGGGCUGGCCUCUCCGCCUAUGCGGGGGCCCGGGGCGGGAUUUCCGCCGCGCUCUGGCUCCGCGUCUCUCAGCUGACGGGACAAACCCAUUUGUCAUGGAGUCGCUGUAGGCUGGUCCCGGCGCUCGGCCCCCAGCCUGCAGCGAGCUCAGGGUAAGCAGAAGAGAGAAGAACGAGUGAGAAGAACAAAAUGCUGACAAAGCACCACCGAUUACAGCUACAGCCCGGGCUGGGGUUUCACUUCUGUAUUUCUUGUGUGUGGUUUUCUCCAGAGCUGUCUGGCCGGGGAUGCUGACCAUAUUUAUGAGCCUUAUUCGAAUGAGCAGGAGUCGACAAUGAAUGAGGCACAGAAUUCUGAGAAUUGAAGAGAUAUUCUUUUGUGUUUGAGGCACUGUACUGGGACCCAUGAGAACUGGGCUCUGUUCGUUGCUCUGCCACAGAUUUGCUACAUGAUUUUAGAUAUUUAAUUUAAAAUGCUGUUGUCAAUAGGAAUGUUAAUGUUGUCUGCCACUCAGAUCUACACCAUCCUGACAGUUCAACUGUUUGCUUUCCUAAACCUUUUGCCUGUGGAGGCAGACAUUUUAGCGUAUAACUUUGAAAAUGUAACUCAGACAUUUGAUGAUCUACCAGCAAGGUUUGGCUACAGACUGCCAACUGAAGGCUUGAAGGGCUUCCUAAUAAAUUCAAAACCAGAGAAUGCAUGUGAGCCCAUAGCACCUCCACCACUAGAAGACAACUUCUCUCGUGCUUUCAUUGUGUUAAUCAGAAGACUUGACUGCAACUUCGAUGUUAAGGUUUUAAAUGCACAGAGAGCUGGAUACAAGGCAGCUAUAGUUCACAAUGUUGAUUCUGAUGACCUAAUUAGCAUGGGAUCCAACGACAUUGAAGUUUUAAAGAAAAUUGAUAUUCCAUCCGUCUUUAUUGGCGAGACAUCAGCUAAUUCACUGAAAUAUGAAUUCACUUAUGAAAAGGGUGGCCAUAUUAUGUUAAUCCCAGAGUUCAGUCUUCCUUUGGAGUACUACUUAAUUCCAUUCCUAAUUAUAGUGGGAAUCUGCCUUAUACUCAUUGUCAUAUUUAUGAUCACAAAAUUUGUGCAAGAUAGACAUAGAGCAAGAAGGAAUCGACUUCGAAAAGAUCAGCUUAAGAAGCUUCCUGUACAUAAAUUUAAGAAAGAAUUCAUGUCCUUCGCAGAUUUCUUUGCUUCCCUGCAGAAAAUGACAGGGAAGCAAAGGGAAGCCACAAGAGUGGUCACACGCCCCUCCCAGCAGUACGGGUGCAUCGUGUCGGGUGCCUGGAGCAGCUGCCAGAGAGGAGAUGAGUAUGAUAUAUGUGCCAUUUGUCUGGAUGAAUACGAGGAUGGAGACAAGCUCAGAAUUCUUCCAUGCUCUCAUGCAUAUCAUUGCAAGUGUGUGGACCCAUGGCUGACUAAAACCAAGAAAACAUGCCCUGUGUGUAAGCAGAAAGUGGUCCCUUCUCAAGGGGAUUCAGACUCUGAAACAGACAGCAGUCAAGAAGAGAAUGACGUCUCUGAAAACACCCCUUUGCUUCGACCAUUAGCUUCAGUUAGCACUCAGUCAUUUGGGGCUUUGUCAGAGUCUCAUUCCCAUCAAAACAUGACUGAAUCUUCAGAAUAUGAGGAAGACGACAAUGAGGAUAUUGAUAGUAGUGAUGCAGAGGAUGGAAUGAAUGAAGAGAGUGUAGUGGUUCAACUACAGCCCAAUGAUGAAAGGGAGCACAGAGAGGCAAAUACGGUUUGAGCUUCAAGACUGCUAGUGAUCAAUCUCAUAAGAACAAAACUGUUCAUAAAGCUAUACUUUACAUACACUUAUAUAGGGAAUACAUUCUAUUUGGUGGCCUCUUUGGUUACUUCAAUAGAUGCAGCUCUUCAUGUAGUGUUCUAUGGUUUGAUCAUAUUACAGACAGAUUUUUUUGGUUCAGUUAUUCAUUCACAUAUUUAUCUUUUCAAAAUGAACAGUUUAACUGGACUUCACAAUACUAAUGAAUAAUGCCAGGAGUCUCCAUCAGUAGGGAUAUCACAGUAAACCAGAGACUCUACUUUAAAUGUCAGUAUCUUGUUGAAAUGGGAUAUAGCCAAGAAAGUAGAUUUUUUUCCCCGAUUACAGCUUGCAGGCAAGAUUGGCUUAUACUGAUAGCAAUAUUUAUUAAACAUAUGGUAAGCGCUACCCCUCCAACCUAAUCAAAAAUGUAUAUGGUUCCUGCGUCUCUGGGGUUUUCCCAAAACUGCCACCACUACUGAAAGAAAGAGGUAGAACAGUUCAGUAUUCUUUUAGCAAGCAGAUCACAAAGCAGGGAAACUGAUGCUUUAAUCUUGACAGCAGUGAUUCUGCUACUUUUCCAAGUAAUCCUGUUGAGCUUGCAAGAGCAGUUUAAGGUUGUGAAGGAAAUUUCAGAAUCAGUUAGGUUUAAAAUAGCUCACACAAAAAGAUUCAUAAUGAACAUAUUAUUAAUCGGCCCCAUUUGCUGAUAGCAGCUAAACUAAUUUCCUAUAACAAUAAUGCAGGGGCUGGGAGUGACCAAAACAGCAAGGCAAGCAAAGCUGUAUAUAGAAAUACUGAAUUGUAGUAACUGUUCUAUUGAUCCUCACAUCAUAUACCUCUAAAUAAGGAGCAUUUUAUGCUGCAUUAGUCUGCUAAACUAUGUACAUAGAUAAAUUGUUUUUUUCAAGUAUUUGAUUUGAAAAUGAGUGGUUAUAAAUAUUUAACAGAACUCUGUACUUACCAGUGUAUCAUGAAAUCUAAAUUAUAUAUAAUGUCAUUAUAACUGUGUAUAAUCAAAAUGCAAAGAUUUUUUAUAUGGCCUUGUAUAAGGGGGAUUUGAAAGAAUGUUAAUAAACAUGUUUUCCACUUUAA